UUCUUUUGUCUUCUGUCCUUUUGCGUCCUCUGUCUGUUUGCUUCCUCGGUCCGUUUGUGUCUUCUGUCCUUUUGCGUCCUCUGUCCUUUUGAAGGAGCAGCUGAGUGUGGAGGACAGGGGCUUGGACAGACAGGACAGAGGGAGGAGGUUUGGAGGAAACACGCCUUUAACAUACCUGUGCAGGUGUGUGAGUGGGCGGAGCAUGUGAUGACAUUACUGAGAGUGGAGCUGAGCUCAGAGCAGAUGACAAUGACGAUGACAAUGAUGUUCAGCUGCGGCGUCGCAGCUGCCGCCGUCUGCGUCUUCACGGUCGUGUGGACGCGAGCAGAGGGUUGCGAUGAUGGACGUGGGGGCGGGGCCAGUGGCGUCCUGUGGACGACCGUCCUGUUGGCCGCCGCCCUUUGUUACAUUGUCUCUCCUGCUGUGAGCGGAGUCGUCGUCCUCUGCUGCGUCCUGAUGAAGAUCUGUGUGAGGAAGAGGAGACGAGACCUAAGGACGAGGGGGGCGGUGCUUAUCACAGGGUGUGACUCUGGCUUUGGCCACACCCUUGCGCUGGAGCUGAGUCACAUGGGGGUGACGGUGUUCGCAGGAGUGUUGGACGUGAAAGGGGGCGGAGCUCAGCGUCUGAGAGCUCGAGCGUCUGAGAAGCUGCAGGUGCUGCAGCUCGACGUGACGGACAGCGUCCAGGUGGAGACAGUGCGUCAAUACGUCUGCGCUCAGGUGGGACGCACAGGUCUCUGGGGUUUGGUGAACAACGCAGGAAUCCUUCCAUGUCCCGCAGAUGCCGAGCUCCUCCCACUCUCUGACUACAGACGCUGCAUGGACGUCAACUUCCUGUCAGCUGUCCACAUGUGUCAGGUCUUCCUCCCUAUGCUGAGACGCUCACGAGGACGCAUCGUCAACGUGUCCAGCCUGGCAGCGGAGGUUCCGAUGCCACUGUUCGCUGCGUACGGAGCGUCUAAAGCUGCACUCGGCGCUUUCUCCGCCAUGAUGAGACUGGAAACUUCUCAGUGGAACGUGAACGUGUCACUGAUCCAACCAUCAGGGUUCAGAACCAAUCUGUUUGGGGACAGUGAUGUCAUUAGUCAUUACAAAGACCACCUCCUGGCGUCGGCGUCCUCUGAAGCCAGAGAGGAUUAUGGGGACUCGUACAUCUCGUCCCUCCCCUCCUGUCUGUCCUCCAUGUCCCAGACUUCGGCAGAGGAUCUGUCCCCUGUGGUGGAUGCCAUGUGUCACGCUCUGCUGUCCGUCCAUCCCAGAGCCGUGUACUCACCUGGACAGAUGGGCUGGCUUCUGCCGUUCCUUCACCGCCACUGUCCCACCGCCAUCUUUGACCUCAUCAUCACCACGCUCAUUACAUACAGAGACAGUGAGCCUGCAGGACUGAGGACCACCUGAGACGGUGAGCCUGCAGGACUGAGGACCACCUGAGACGGUGAGCCUGCAGGACUGAGGACCACAGAGACGGUGAGCCUGCAGGACUGAGGACCACAGAGACGGUGAGCCUGCAGGACUGAGGACCACCUGAGACGGUGAGCCUGCAGGACUGAGGACCACCUGAGACGGUGAGCCUGCAGGACUGAGGACCACAGAGACGGUGAGCCUGCAGGACUGAGGACCACAGAGACGGUGAGCCUGCAGGACUGAGGACCACCUGAGACGUCUGCGUCUCCUCCAGUUUAUUUUAAUUCACGUCUUACUUUGAAAAUGUUUAUGGUGAAAAGGUUUUUUAAAAUAAUCUCAGAUUUAUUCCAUCUGAUUAUUUGAAUCGGAGUUUUCAGGUUGUUUAUUCUGAUAAAUCAACAGUAACACAUUCUUCCUGCUGUGAUGAAUGGAUGAUGCAUAAUAAAGGGUGAAACAGG